GUUUUAUGCAGCGUAAUAACAUCCGUAGGAGUUCCAAGGCACCAAAUUUUAGAUAUCGAGAUGGUAUUGAGAAUUUUUCGAAUUUAGUGCCUUUAUUUGUGUUUUUAAAUUAUUGACAAUGACUGAUCCCGUUUCUCUAAGCUUACCAGCUUUGUCCUCAACGAACAGUUUAGUACGAUAUAAAGGAAUUCCUAGACGAUACGAGGAAACAAGACCAGUCUUUAUCCAAGGAAACACUCAUCGAAAGAUUAUAGGACUUGGGCGGGAUUUGGAAAAAAGAGUACAAGAAAAAUAUGAACAAGAGAAACAGAAGGCAAUCAGGGAUGCUGAACAAGCAGUGUGGGCAGAAGCCGAGCAACUAAAGUCAGCAGCACUGCUGAAGGCGAGAGAAGACUCCUCAAUAGACCUAGAGAGAGCAGUAAAAAAAAUCAACAGACAACAUGAAAAGGCACUGAAGGAAGAGGCUCUUAGGGUGGAGAUGGCGAUGCAGAAAUUAGCGAUUGAACAAGUCAAGCAGGAAAGAGCUGAGGCUGAGGAACGACUAAAGGAAGCAGUGAAGAAAACUGAGGCUCGCUGUCACCAGGAGCUGGUAGAGGCGGUGAUAAAAGCUCGCGAGGAGGAGAAGAAGAUAGCAGAGGAGGAGGUUAAAAAAGUGGCCAAGGCAGCACAGGAAAAAUUUGAGAAAGCGGUCCAGAUAGCUGCAGAAGAGAAGAAAAAGGCAUUAAAAGAGCUGGAGGAGAGAAAGGAGAAAGAGAGGGAGAAGGCAGUGGCGGAAAUGGAGGUGGCCCAGAAAAAGGUGGCCGCCCAACAGCUGGAGAAAUUAAAGAAGGAGUACGAGCAGAUUAAUGCCAGACUUAAAGAGGAAAUCAAAGGAAAACUGGACAUAAUAGACAAACUGAAUCUCCAGGUAAUCUGUAUAGAAAAGGCCAAGAAAAACGUGGAGGAGGUACUUCAUGAUACGAAAACGGAUUUCCAAGAUUUCAUCGAUAGACUGCCAGACUCCAUUAAAGGCCAGGUGGGGUACAUGGUACGACCUAUAUACAUUGACGAGAUUGGACGGGUGCCUACAAUUGUGUAAGAGCUGAAUUUAUUUCAGAAGAGAAACCACUGAAUCUUCUUUCUAAGUGACCUACUUACUGAGUGUAUGAAUAUUUCAUUACAUGAAGUCCUAGCUGUAAAAUUCCGACUUUAUAUUGUUUCUUAUACAUUUCCUGAGAUAUUUUGACAUUGAACAUUCCUGUAUGUAAAGAUGUAUCAACUAUCAAGCAGGGUUCUUGACCUCUUUAAAGAAUUUACUGCAAAUUAUCGGUAUUAUUUUUUACAUUUGUUUUACAUUUGUCAGUAGAAACAUGGAUAUUCAAGGACUUCUGUUGUUGACUGCAAGUGCCUGCAUUUAUUUUCUUUUAAUUUUGUUGCUGACUAUCAAAAAUACCAAUAUAUUGGAUUAUUAGAAUAUUUUUACCAUAAAUCUAUCUAAACAAUUUGUUAUGCAAGCUAGUGUUAAAAAAAAUACUCAUGUAUCUUUUGAGUCUUGAAAGUGAAGGGUGUAUCUGGCUCUCAAUAUCCAUUAUAGAUAAAUAAUAUACAAUUAUGGUACCUACUUUGGGACUUAAUUUUUUUUCAACAGUGCACUUUUUUUCACCAAAUUUCACUGAAAAAUACUGUUACAGUAUAGUAUGUAUCGUUUUCUGUACAUAUGGCACUCAAAGUGAAAGUACAUGUAUAUAUGUAGUCAUUUUAUUUUUAAGUUUUACUCAUUUUAAAAAGUAGUACAAAGAGAUUUCUUUUUAAAAAAUCUUCUUCGGGAAGUUCCCAGAACAACUAUAGACCAUAAUAAGAUACUUGCAAGCAUCUUCAAAUAGCGCUUAUUCAAAUCAUGAUCACACUAAGUAGUCAAAAGUUUCAUGGGAAAAAGGAUGGAGGGGGGGGGUCUUUUUAAAAAUAUUCUGAACAACAGCAGGAAUAAGGUGAUUCUGGUGAGCAAUAUGGCCCACAAGUUUCUUAUUAUUAGGUAUGGUGAGCAUUGUGACCCACAAGUUUCUUAUUAUUGGGUAUGGUGAGCAUUGUGACCCACAAGUUUCUUAUUAUUGGGUAUGGUGAGCAUUGUGACCCACAAGUUUCUUAUUAUUGGGUAUGGUGAGCAUUGUGACCCACAAGUUUCUUAUUAAUAGGUAAACUAGAAAAGAAUUCAUUUUCAAAUGUUUUGGUUUAUAAUCAGUUUUUAACAUUGAUUAAUUGUGAGUGGUGUACAUGCUUCUAAUUUAGUUAAAGAAGUUAAAGUAAUGGUAAACUGUGAAAUCAUUAAUUUUUAAGGGGAGCUGUUUUUGAGGUUUGAAUAGACCCGUGAAUCAGUGUCCACCACAAAAUGUAAAAAUUCAUAACUCCUCAACACCUCUCCAAGUACCCAUAAAAAAACCCUACAAAUCAAUAAUUUUUCUCAAGCCUUGAAAAUUUUACCCCUUAGAAACAUGUGAUUUUACAGUCUUAGGUCAGUUAACAUACUUGUACGUAAUAAAUUGUGUGAGCAUUGUUGAGUCACCAGAUUAUUUAUUUCUGCCUUGGAACUCUCGAUCCAGUCACAAAUUUAUUAUUUUUAUACACUUGUUUUAUUUUUGUACAAUAUACACUAAAAGCAAUAAAAUAAUGUAUAUUUA